AUGACACUCUACAACGCGCUUUCGACCGCGUUCCUCCUUCUGCCUGCGGCAACAUGCAUGGACAUGGCUUUGACCAACACUCGAGCCGGUCAUGGCCUCAUAGGCUAUGGCAUCGACAUGUACAAGCCGAACUGCGCCUACUCUUGCCGCGCCGCAAUCUCGUCAUGCACCUUGAACUGCUCGACUAUGAUGGAAAUGGACGGCAUGGAUAUGUCCAUGGAUGACGUGAUGAUGGAGACGUCUGCCGACUGCUAUGCGACGGACGAUGCGUUCUUACAGACUAUGGCUUACUGCAUCUCCCAAAAGUGCGAGGGACUGCAGAAAUGGGAGCUCGAGAAGUACUGGAAUGACAAUAUACCUGGUACGAGUGCGGUGCAACCCGUCCCGAAACGGACCUACCAGGAGACACUCGACAAGAUUGCCAGUCCUCCGAUUCAGACGGUCAUCGGUGGGGAUCCGUUGAACAAGACAAUGCUUGUGAGCGAAGACGACUGGUUGGCGAACUGGAAUGCGCAGGAUUCGUUCGAAGAAGCUGAAGGAAAGCACGAGAAGUACAGUAUCAUCAUUGUUGUCACUUCUUUCGCGCUGCCUGUUGCCUUCUCACUCCUACGCUUCGUCCCCUUUCCGAACACCCUGGUCACCCAGUUCAACGCCUGGGUCAUUGAUCCUCCGCUGUGGGGUACAAAGCAAAAACAGCCGCUAGUUGGUGGUUUGGGCCUUAUGCCAACGCGAGGUCAAGCUCUUUUCAUCGCCUACUUCCUCGUCAUCAACAUCAUCUUGUCCUCAACCGGCUACCGCUCGGCGCAGCCCAACGCAUGGCACCCAGGCAGCGUACGCAAUGAGAUCAUCAUACUGGUCGCAAACCGAGUGGGCGUUCUAAGCUUCGCGAACAUCCCGCUGCUGAUUCUAUAUUCAAGCCGCAACAACAUUCUGUUCUGGGUCACUGAUUGGAGCCACUCCACGUUCCUGCUACUGCACCGCUGGGUCGCAGGCAUAGCGACAAUUCAAGCUAUCCUGCACUCUGUUAUUUACCUGCGUCUUAGGGUCGAGGCACAUACCCAUGCAGAAGAGAGCAAGCUGCCAUAUUGGAUUUGGGGUGUUGUGGGGACACUUUCCAUGUCCCUUCUCCUCCCUUCAUCGGUCCUUUACAUCCGCCACAAAUCGUACGAACUUUUCCUCGCCUGGCACGUUGCCCUUUCCGUCUUGACGAUUGUUGGCUGCUACUACCACAUUCUCUUCCGCUUCGCGCACCAGUGGGGGUACGAGACCUGGAUCUGGGCUGCAAUGGCUGUGUGGGGCUUCGAUCGCGUCUUACGGAUGCUUCGCAUGGCGAGAAACGGUUUGCGCUUUGCCAUUGUCACCAAAGUCGACGAUGACUACGUCCGCGUCGACGUCCCCGGUGUAGCUGCUACGGGACACGCAUACCUCUACUUCCCAACCCUAACGUGGCGUGUCUGGGAGAAUCAUCCUUUCUCGGUGGCGUCUACUGCGACUCCUCAGUUCGUUCCGAAGUCGAAGUCGCUCAGGGAUGAGGAGUCGGGCUCGUAUGAAAAGGAUGAGAUUAAGAUUUCUACCGCAGCCACUUCUAGCAAUAGCUCGACUCAUGGGCCGGCAAAACUGGGAUUGACCUUCUUCCUCCGCCGGCAGGGUGGACUCACACAUCACCUCCUCUCUCGCGCCUCCCUUCCAGUGUUGGUCGAAUCGUCCUACGGCACACACGUUGACACAUCGCAUUUCCCGCAUCUAGUCUGCAUAGUCGGAGGUAUUGGCAUCACUGCUGUGCUGCCGUACUUGCGUUCGCAUCCUGGAUCUUCCAAACUAUACUGGGGCGUGCGAUCUGCUGGGAUCGUGGAUGCUGUUGACGACGAGCUCCUGAGGAGCGUGGACAAGGAGGUGUUUGUAGGAAGCAGGAUGAACAUCCGAACGGUACUGCAGGAGGAGGCUGCAUUUGCUGGCGAAGGUGGUGUUACCGUGCUGGUCUCUGGGCCGGGCGGGAUGGCGGACGAGGCACGGACUAUAGUCUCGGAAAUCGGAAGGCAGGGUAAAGUUAACAUGAGGCUGGUAGAUGAAGCGUUCAGCUGGUAG